CCUUACGUGGCAGGGGUAGUGGAGUGGUGCUACUGCAGCUGAUAUUUGUAGCUUAUAAUAUUUAGUUUCGUGUUUUUUUUUUGUUUUGUUGAAAUUAUGAAGAUUGUUAAGUUUUAAAUUCCAUACAAGUGAAGGCAAGACUUACAAGAUGAAUCCUCAGUAUGUAUCACAGUCUGGAGGUUACGGACCUCAUCAAGGUUAUGGCGUUCCAAAUUCGCCUCCACCAACAGCUGCAAGCCCUCUUCAACAGAAUGCUUUUCCACCGCAACAAAGUUAUUCUGGUAUCCCUUCUAAAACAGCAGCGCCUUCUGCAUUUGCUCAGCCUUACCGACCAGCUGCGAAUUCCCCUGCCAACAUGAUGCCACCACCAAUACAGGGCGGUCCGCAGCAUGGUGGUCCAAUGUCACCUCAACAACACGGUGGUCCAAUGCCUCAACAUGGUGGUCCAAUGCCUCCUCAACAACAUGGUGGUCCAUUGCCUCCUCAACAACAGAAUAGUCCAAUGUCUUUGCCCCCUCAUCAUCAGAGUGGUCCAAUGUCACAUCUACAACAGAGUGGUCCCUUGCCACCUCAACAGAGUGGUCCUAUGCCACCUCAACAACAUAGCGGUCCAAUGCCAUCUCCACAACAGAGUGGCCCAAUGUCCCCUCAACAACAAAGUGGUCCAAUGCCACCUCAACAGCAGAUUGGUCCCAUGCCUCCUCAACAACAGAGUGGACCAAUGCCACCUCAAAAACAGAGUGGACCAAUGCCACCUCAACAACAGAGUGGACCAAUGCCACCUCUACAACAGAGCGGUCCAAUGCCACCUCAACAACAGAGCGGUCCUAUGCCACCUCAACAACAGAGCGGUCCCAUGCCACCUCAACCACAGAGCGGUCCCAUGCCACCUCAACAACAGAGCGGUCCCAUGCCACCUCAACAACAGAGCGGUCCCAUGCCACCUCAACACCAUGGUGGUCCAAUGCCUCCUCAACAGCACGGUGGUCCAAUGCCUCCCCAGCAGCACGGUGGUUCGAUGUCCAACAACUUCCAGCCACCGUCUAGUAACAUUCCUCUAGGAUACAACUCAGCACCUUCUCACCCUGGAGCACUACCUGCCAGAGGAGCUCCACCGAUGCCUUUGCCUGUUAGCUCUCCUGGUCCUGGAGGACCACAACACCCAUCUAUGUAUCCUCCGGGAUCGCAGCAGAUGGGCAGGCCACCAAUGCCACAGCUCAACCAACUUGCAGGGCAGAUGUCUACCAUGAACAUAAAUGGGCAGCCAAUGCCGCCUAUGAGUCAGCAACACCCUGGAGAGUAUCCAGGAGGCGGUUUGCAAGGCCCACCAUCUAUGGGAUACGCUCCUCCAGGGCAGCUUUCUAGAUACCCAGCUGUUAAUGGUGGCCCACCGAGUCAGACGAUGAAUGGCCUUCCUGAUACAAGUGGUCCUGGCAGGCCUCCUCAAUCCAGAUAUCCUCCUAUGCCUGAAUCGGGAGGAGGACAAACUACGGCAUACUUACCUUCACCGCAGCAGGGCUACCCCCCACAACCUGGGUUCCCUUCUCAACCACAACCCGGCUAUCCUGGUGGCAUUGGGCAACAGCAAUAUGCUCAGCAACAACGCAGGCUCGACCCAGACCAGAUGCCCAGUCCGAUGCAAGUAAUGGAAGAUGACCAGAAGACAAGAUCGGGAGUAUUCUACACCCACCAGAAAGGCCAAGUUCCUCCCCUUGUUACAACAGAAUUCAUUGUUCAAGAUCAAGGCAAUACCAGCCCUAGGUUUAUGAGGUCUACGAUGUAUAACGUUCCUAUAAAUUCUGAUAUGAUGAAACAGGCCUCUGUGCCUUUCGGUUUAGUAUUGAGCCCUAUGGCAGAAGUCGCAGAUAAAGAACAUCCUCCUCCACUGGUUUCUUUCGGCGAGGUCGGUCCAGUCAGAUGUAUCCGUUGCAAGGCGUACAUGUGCCCGAACAUGCAAUUCAUAGACGGAGGUAGGCGCUUCCACUGUCUUCUCUGCAAGGCCACUACUGAUGUGCCGGCUGAAUAUUUCCAACAUUUAGAUCAUACUGGUCAACGUGUUGAUCGUUUUGAAAGAGCUGAACUUGUAUUAGGAACCUACGAUAUUAUAGCUACCGCAGAGUAUUGUAAAGACAGCCAAUACCCCAAUCCUCCCGCUCUUAUAUUUGUAAUUGAUGUGUCAUAUAAUAAUGUCAAAUCUGGACUCGUGUCAUUGUUAUGUCGUCAAAUGAAAAAUAUUCUAUGUAAUCUUCCUAAAGAAAGAGGUCAAGAAAAGUCUCCAAUGAAAGUGGGAUUUAUAACUUAUAAUAGUGCUGUCCACUUCUACAAUAUUAGACCUAAUCUAGGACAGCCUCAGAUGUUAGUGGUCGGUGAUACACAAGAAAUGUUCAUGCCUCUUUUGGACGGUUUCCUCGUCGAUCCUGAAGAAUCUGAAGGUUUGAUAGACGCACUUAUGACAAAUAUACCCAUGAUGUUUGCCGACACUCGGGAGACUGAAACAAUAUUAGCUCCUGCCAUCCAGGCCGGUCUCGAAGCUCUCAAAGCAUCUGGAUGUGCUGGUAAACUACUCGUGUUCCACUCCUCUCUUCCUAUCGCAGAAGCUCCUGGAAAAUUGAAAAACAGGGACGAUAGGUCAUUAUUGGGAACGGAUAAAGAGAAGACAAUUUUAUUACCGCAGAACCAAGUUUACAACACCUUGGGACAGGACUGUGUCGGCGCUGGAGUCAGCGUCGAUUUAUUUAUUACUAAUAAUUCCUAUAUUGACUUAGCAACUAUCGGACAAGUUUCAAGGCUCACUGGCGGAGAAAUCUACAAGUAUACAUAUUUUCAGGCGGAAUUGGACGGUGAAAGGCUUAUAACAGAUGUUGAGAAAAAUAUCAGGAGGUUGUGCGCGUUUGAUGCUAUCAUGAGAGUUAGGACUUCCACAGGUAUUCGACCGACUGAUUUCUACGGACACUUUUACAUGUCCAACACCACCGAUAUAGAACUUGCCUCAAUUGAUCCAGAUAAGGGAAUAGCCGUCGAGAUUAAACAUGACGACAAACUUUCCGAAGAAGAAGGCGUCUAUAUCCAGGUAGCUCUGCUGUACACCUCGCUGUCUGGACAGAGGAGGAUCAGAGUUCUCAACCUGGUGCUGAAGGCCUGCUCACAGAUGUCCGAGCUCUACAGGACCUGCGAACUUGAUACCGUCAUCAACUUCUUUGCCAAACAGAGUGUAUUCAAGCUUUUAGAUGCAUCAGCAAAAGCAGUUAAAGAAUCUUUAAUAAAUAGGUCAGCUCAGAUUUUGGCAUGUUAUCGUAAGAAUUGUGCUUCACCUACUUCUGCCGGGCAGCUGAUCCUUCCGGAAUGCAUGAAGUUGUUACCGCUCUAUAUCAACUGUCUAUUAAAAAGCGAUGCCAUCUCCGGAGGCAAAGACAUGACGGUGGACGAUAAGUGGUUUGUGAUGGCAGCAGUUCUGACAAUGGAUGUUCCUUCUUCGCUUGCCUACUUCUAUCCACGGCUGUAUUCUCUAUUAGAUGUGGAAGACAACCUGCCUCCGCCAUGUAUUAGGUGUUCUUCAGAAAAAAUGGCUGAUAAUGGAGUAUAUUUGCUAGUGAACGGUAUAUACAUGUUUCUCUGGCUGGGUCUCGCUACACCUUCAGAUUGGGUGAUGUCAGUGUUUGGAGUUCCAAGUGCGGCUCAGGUCGACAUUGACCGGCAUAGAUUACCAGUCCUUGAAAACCCGAUAUCAGAAAGAGUUAGGAAUACAAUCUCAUCUGUCGCUGAUAGCAAUCAUAGGACAAUGAGGCUAACAAUAGUGAGGCAGAGGGAUAAAAUGGAAAUGGUGAUGAAGCACUUCCUUGUUGAAGACAGAGGUUUGGACGGCUCUUCUUCGUACGUAGACUUUCUCUGUCAUCUUCACAAAGAAAUCCGUAAUUUGCUCAGUUAGCGACCUCCCAAGCAGAUUAAUAAGCAGAUUUCGACUGCCAAUUGUUGGCUUGACAUUUCCUAUCGAACCUGUAAAAUUUAUCUUUAUUCUUCAAUUUAUGAAAUUUCGAUUUGAUAUUUUUAUAGCUGAUGAAAUUGUUAUAAUUGAUUAUUAUUAACGUAACAGUUUCUCAUUUAACGGGUAAGUAAGGAACUAUUUGUUUUGAAGAUGUAUAUUAUAACGGGAUUGUAUCAUAAAUUAUGUAUUGUUUGUUUAUUUUGUCUAUUUCCUUUUAAAAACACACAAAAAAAAAGUGGGAUGCUAGUGCUAUAUAAUUUUUUUUUUCCAUUUAAUUAUCAAACUCUGUCAAUAUCACAGGUUAUUUCUUUUUUUUUUUGUUUAAUUUUAUUCUAUUGAGGGGAAGAAAUUUAUAAACUGUAUAUAUAUAUCUACGUAAUUUGGACUUUGAAAACAAAAAAAGAAAAAAAAUUAGUAAAAGUUAACUAUAGUGCAUCUGAGUACUUACUAUUUAAAUAUAGAAAUGGUAUUACACAUGUACUUCCAACUCAAAUAACUUGCCACCAGUGCACUUUUAUAUCUUAUUUCCUUGUCUUUUGUUUAAUUUUUUUUUAAAUAUAUAUAUUAAAGUCUCCUGCAUUAUAUUAUAAAUGGAACCAACUGCAUGUAGUAUAUAUUUAACGGAAAUUAUUAUCGAGCAGUUGCUUAUUUAGAUAAAUUAUGUAAUCAAAUAUUUUUAUUAUAUGUUGCCAGUAAAUAUUAUUUUAAUUAAAUAUUAUUUUUAACACUAAUAAUUGUUAUAUCAUAUAUAAAUAUAUAUGUUUCCCAUGAUAGGACACAUGUACCUAAGUUUUCAUUAUAUACAUUAAUACAUUGCUUUAUGUUGUAUUUAUGUUGUGCGCUCCUUAAGAUCUUGUGUAGCCGAACUCGAGGUUAUGCGGUUAUAUGGUGUGGCAUGUGUAUGUAUUUAUAUAUAAACAAUUGUUAUAACUUCGAUAUGUUAUUUUUGUUUGGUAAUGUGUUAUUAUAUAUAAAUUAUAGAAAAUAAAUUUGUAGAUAAUGUUGAUGAUUAUUUUCUGUAAAUAAAAAUUUUAUUCCAUUUUAUAUUUCUUUUAUUAUGAAAGUACUGGACGAGAUGUUUUUGUUGUACAAGCUUCUAUAUAUUUAAUUAUAAAAAUUGAUUAUUUAAAAGGAAAAUAAAAGAAAACCAGUGUGAGAAACCUGCAUUAGAUAAAUAUCCUUCUUUUCCAUAAUGCAUAUGAAGUAUAAACGCUAUUAGGGAAACAUUUUUAUUCAUAUA